GUCGUCGCGCGCGCUGGCAGCUCUGCUAGCGGCCUCUUUCUUCCCACAUGCAGCUGGUGCAGAUCAGCAUGAGCAUUGUGACUCCUGGGCAGAGGCCGGUGAGUGCGAGGCCAACCCCGACUUCAUGUGGGGCAGCUGCGAGUCCAGCUGUAGUCGACGAGGAGGGGCUGCAGGGCUGCCGGGCCUUUCAGGUCCUCGGCCGGCAGCGCAAGAUGUGCCGGCCUAUGACAAGGCCCAUUGCGCUUCCUGGGCAGAAGUUGGUGAGUGCGAGGCCAAUUCCGCCUUCAUGAUGGCGGCGUGCCCGGAGAGUUGCAGAGGACGAGGUCCGGCAACCAAAGAGAAGGCUCCUCCGCACACAGAAGCAGAGGACCCCGGAGUGCUAAAAGCAGCGCCCGGACGCCGCAGCGUGCGGGAAGAGCAGCAAAGGCAGCUGCAAGAGAUCCAGCGGAAAGCCGAGAUCUUGAAGCAACAGCGGCAGCGGCAGAAGGAGCAGACGCAGGCACCUCGUCAGCCCUCGCAGCCGCAGCGCGGCCAGGAGCCAGCAGCAGCCAAACCCAAACCCUCAGAGGGGGCAAAGCCGCUCAAAGAAGCGGCUCCGGUGAAGCCGUGGCAAACGUCGGCCCCUCCUGACGGUGGAGACGGCGGGGACACCACGGCCUGCAUGCGUGAGAAAUUCGAGAUCGCGCGUCAGCUCGACGAUGCGAGCGCUCGUGAACAGCAUCUCUGGGAACGGGGCGAAGCUGCUAACAGCAGGGCCCAGCUGUCUGAGGAGCGCUUAAGAAACUGCCUGAACGACCUCUCCGAGGCCAACCACGAGCGGCAGAAGCUCCGAGUACAAAGAUCCGAAGGCGUUUCGGAUACGUACGAGCAUCGCUUCCAGGAGAUGCGAGAGCAGUUCAAAAACGAAAUGGAGCAGCGCGUGGGCAAGCUGCAGAAGGAAUGCAGCAAGCGGGAGUUCCAGCUCCAGGAGCUGGCCAAGGCUUCGUCGAAAAGAGCGGACGAAGCUGAGCAUCGGCUCGCGGACAAAGUGACCGGCGCUGAUCGCAUCGAGGCCGAGCAGCGUGCGGCGGCUCACGCUGCGGAGGCCGAGGCUGCCGAGGUGGCACGCUUGAAAAUCGAGGAGGCCUAUCGCGCUGAAGGUCUCCGUGCUGCCUCCCGCGAGCAAGAGCUGAAGAUACGCCUGGAAGAUGCAGAGGACAAGAUCCAGCAGUUGAAGAAAGCCUUGGAUGAGGCAAAGGCGGCGGUCCCGACCGAGUCGAGUGCAGCUGCACCUGCUAAGGCCGGUGAGCCGGAUAUGUCGCGGCAAUUGCUUCAAGAAGUCACGAAUCUGUCCCAGGUGACGGAGGUGGAGCUGCCCCGCUGCCAUGCCGGUCAUGGCGAGGAGCUCUCGAAUGCUCUCCAAGCUGUCGUGGUCAAGACAAUGGUCCUCAUGUGGGCACCUAUUGGAAGCGCCACAGGCGUCGAGCUUCCCGCACUGGCGGGGGCGGAUCCGCAGCUGAAUGAAUCAGCACCAAAGCCCCUUCUGUGGAUGGAUUUGCAUGCCGACUCCAUCCUACAGGCACUGUCGUCUCUCAUCCCGGAGUCUCAGCAAGGAGGCCAGAUGCCGUCGUUGAACCACAAGGGAUUGCGCCAGGAGCCGUGUGAGCUGCGACCAGCCCGGGCCGGGAGCGCACUCCUGGCACUGGCGUGGCUUUCAGCCUGCAUCGGGGCUCUGAUCUAUGCUGCGGUGGUGCUCGUGCGCUCGAGCUUCCCGACGAAGGAGUUGGCGCCAGCUCAAGCAGCCGUUACGGAUGCAGGCCACAGCCAAGCGGCAUCCUUGGUUGCCGGACGUCCAGGAUUCCACGCCGUGCACAAGCUUGCAGAAUCCGUGCUCCUUCCCGUGAUGCGUUUCUUUGAUUCCUUCAGUGUGCCGGAAGAUGUGCGCAGAAUCGCAGAGCGACGUGCGGAGUUUCACGGCGGCAGCGCCGGCCGCAGUCCGACUACCAUGGGCGCCAGUGGCAGCGAGCCAGAACCAGAGGAGAUGCGGCGGCCAGCGGUGCUGGAGGCGCUGUUGGCGGCUGAAGACGCGACGCUUCAGCCACUUCAGGAUGUGCCCGCAAUGCCUCGACCAGCAUCCCCUCGCUUCGGGGACGAGGCAGAUCAUCCAGCUGACCAAGCACGGGCGCCAGCCGCCUGA